AGCAAGAUGCCAUUUUCCAAUGACACCCAACUCCAUCCCUCCUUCUUCCUGCUGCUGGGAAUCCCAGGACUGGAAAACAUGCACAUGUGGACUGGCUUUCCCUUUUGUGCUGUGUAUCUGAUUGCCCUCGUGGGAAACCUCACUAUCCUGUUUGUCAUCCUGACUGAGCACAGCCUCCACCAACCUAUGUUCUACUUCCUGGCUAUGUUGGCUACCACCGACCUGGGACUGUCCACAGCCACCAUCCCUAAGAUGCUGGCUAUAUUCUGGUUCAGCCUCAGGGAGAUCAGUUUUGGUGCCUGCCUCACCCAGAUGUUUUUCAUUCACAUCUUUACUGGCAUGGAGUCAGUAGUGCUCCUUGCCAUGGCUUAUGACCGCUAUGUGGCUAUCUGUAACCCUCUCCAUUAUAACAUAAUCCUUACUAAGAAGACAGUGUUUAUUAUUGGUUUUGGGGUGGUUGGGAGAUCUUUCCUCUGUGUAUUCCCCUUUGUAUUCCUCAUCCUGCGGCUGCCCUUCUGUGGACACCAUGUCAUCCCCCACACAUAUUGCGAACACAUGGGUCUUGCUCUUCUGGCUUGUGCAAGCAUCAGGGCCAACAUCAUAUAUGGUCUGGGGACCAUAGCCAUCCUGGGAUUUGACAUCAUGGCCGUUGCUCUCUCCUACAUCCAAAUUCUCCGGGCUGUUUUCCGACUACCGUCCCGUGAGGCCAGGCUCAAGACUCUCAGCACCUGUGGUUCCCACGUCUGUGUAAUUUUGGCCUUUUACACUCCAGCCCUCUUCUCUUUUAUGACACAUCGCUUUGGCCGAAAUGUUCCUCGCUACAUCCAUAUUCUCCUGGCUAAUCUGUAUGUGGUUAUUCCACCAAUGCUCAAUCCCGUCAUCUACGGAGUUAGGACCAAGCAGAUCCGUGAACAGGUGCUCAGAAUAUUCACCCAGAAAUAA